AUCUUCUUUCUCUAAUUCUAUUCCAAGAGGAAAAUCCUGUUUUAAUCACCAUGGACAGUGAUCAAGAAAACAUGCAGUCUCUUGGGCUCUUGGGCAUCUACAAGGAAUCCUGCAAGCUUAUCUUCUCAUACUGGAAGAUCUUCACCAAGAUCACCCUAGCCCUUAUCCUCCCUCUCUCCUUCAUUUAUCUCGCUCGCUUGAAAGUCUACGACCUCCUCAACAAGAAGAUCUGGUUAAGCCUCGAGGCCCUUGACUGUACUGAAGUUAGCACAUCUCACAACCACAAGCCUUUUGACCUUGUCUCCUCCGAAUGGACCUACUUCAUCCUCUUAGAUACAAUUAUUCUCACUUUCUUCUACAUCCUUUCGCUCCUCUCCUCUGUUACAGUCGUUGGCACCAUUGCCUGCAUCUACACUGCACGUGAUGUUACCUUUAUGAAGGCAGUGAACGUGAUCCCAAUGGUCUGGAAGUGGUUGAUGAUAACCUCCCCCUAUCUCUUUGGCACCAUAGUUGCAUACAGCACAGUAGCAGGUCUAGUUAUUGUUUCCAUUGCCUCUUUCCUAGGGGCCACCAACGUGAUUUGUCUACUGAUCAUUCUGGUCUCUUUGAUCCUAUACCUUGUUGGAUUGAUCUACCUGAGCACAAUCUGGAACUUGGCUAACGUGGUAUCAAUAUUGGAAGAGUCAUACGGUGCACAAGCCAUGGUGAAGAGCAGGACGUUGAUGAGAGGGAAGAUUCUUAUCACCAUGAGAGAGAAAGAGAGGAGCAGGAGGCAGACGGAGAACACAGGCAACACGGACAACAUGGAAUCGGAAGGAUGCAUCAUCCAGAGGAGGAAGCCUAUGGAGAGUCCAAACAAGAAAAGCAAGAGUGGGGCAAGGUUUGGUUUUGUUAGGUUUCUCAAUGUGCAUGACAAAAGAGAACUGGAGAGACAGCUUGAUCAGAUAUGGAUUGGUGAUUGGAAGCUAUGGGUCAACUCUCCAAGAUACGAUGAUGUGAAGAAGGAAGAAAAGAAGGAGGGAAAAGGGCAAGGAUUAAUACCAAAAUAUCAGAGCAGGAGCUAUGCGGAGGUACUAAGAGGAAAUGGAGCUGGAAAUGUGGAAGGAGUGAGCAUAGGGGCAAUGCAGAAUAAAGCCGCUGGAAAGAAAGUUCGUGCAAUAGGGGGCAACAUGGUUUUGUUGGAUUGUGAUGAAAAAGAAGAGCUAAAGGAUCUGGUAGAAAUGGCUGCUAAUUGGCUUGGACAAUGGUUUAAAGAAGUCAAACCGUGGACACCAGAAUUGGUUGUUCAGGAAAGGUUCGUGUGGAUCAAGUGUCAUGGGGCACCCCUAGAUGCUUGGACGAGUGAUUUCUUUGAAAAAAUGGGAUGCACUUGGGGGAAAUUCAUCUGCUUAGAUGACAGAACAAGCAACAAAAGAAUAUUUGAUGUAGCCAAACUCUUGAUCUCAACCCACAUUAUGGAUUCAAUUUCAGUCACACGCCAAAUUAAAAUUAAUGGCGUCAUUUACAAUGUUAAGUUUAAAGAGGAAGAAUUUACCAACAAUUUCUUCUCUUUAAAGCAAGAUUUCUUGCCAUCAUUCCACAGUGGGUCGGAGGAAAAUGAGUCCUGGUCAUGGGACACAGACAAAGACAGCAUGGAAAAUGGAUUUAGAAAAAUCAAAGAGUUGGCCCCAGAACACAAUUCAGAUGCAGAGGAGGAAGAUGAUGAGGUGGCGGGUGAAAGGGGACCCAACAGAAACAAAAAUUCUAGAAAUGAAGAAACAGAGCAUGAAGUUACAGAAGAGGAAGAUAUUGACCCGUUCUGGAAAGGGUUUGAAAGUGAGCAGGGUCGACUGAAGGAGUGGAUAGGUCGACGGACAGGUCGACGGACAGAUCUGAACCAGAAGGGGAAGAAGGAAAAAAAGAAGACUCGCUCAUGUAGAUCAAUAUACUCCAACGAUCAUGUAAAACCACUUGCUGGUGUGGAAGAACAAAGAGGGAAGCACCGAGGAAGGAAGCGGACAAAUGAGAUGGGGAAAAAGGCAACACCAGCGAUCAACACAAAUUCCGGUAGUAGAGCAGCUGGGGAUUCAAUUGGAGAUACAGAUAUCAAGAAUUUCAAUAGAAUAGCGAAGACGUAGAGACAAGAUCAACUACCGGCAGACAUAUGGGAGUUUGCAAAGAAGCUAAGGGUAGUGGCAGAGAAUGAACAGCAAAUUAACAA